GCAUGCACGCUCGUGGCCGCGCACUGAAGUACAGUUUCACUUUUCAUUCUCCGUAUUCUGUCUUCCGAAAACUCCUGGGUCGCGUCGUUCCUUUGGACCGGACUUCGACAGAAAUAUAAUUCUGACCGGCACUGGAGAGCAGGUAGGUCAUGGCUGACGCGCGCGACAAGCAAACCGCUUUUGAGCAGGUGGACGGGCUGGAGGAGGCCCGUAAGGAGCUGAAGGAGUUGAAGACCAAAGUGGAAAAGGCUGAAGACCUGAAGUCCAGGCUGAUCCUGGAGAGCCUGGAGGAAGAUGAAGCCAAGAAGGCGGCCCAGGAGGAGAUGCUGGCGUGUAUGAAGCAGCAGGAGUCCCUGAAGGAGGAGUUCACUCAGAACAUGAGUAAAGUGCAGGAUGAACUCCAGAAGCUCUCCAAACGGAAGCAGGACCUUCUGAAAAAGCUGCAUCAGUAUCAAGAAGAACUGAAGGCCAAGCAAGCCGAGUCCUCCAGCCUGAAGCAGAAGUUCACGAUCUGCGCUCAGAUCCCAGAAACCGACGUGAGGUUCGUGGCUCCUGAAGGAGAGUCCGGAGAGGAGAGUCCCUGCGACGGCCAGCCAAUCCGAGGAGUCUUCACCAUCGUCCAGAGGAGCGGGGUUCCUCUGAGGGGGGGGCAGGCACUGCUGACCUUUGAGGAGGAGAGAGUGGCCUCUCAGAUCCUGAGGAUUGCCCGAUGCCAGGUCUCCUGUGAUGGCAAGUCUGUGCACGUCAAACCUAAACGGGUGACGGUGGAUUCCUCCGUGAAGUUUCAGGUGAACCUGAACGUCUCCAGGAAAGAGCUGAAGGUCUUCGGUGUUCCUCCUGCUCUGUCGGAGGAGAGGAUGAGGGACCGGCUGGAGAUCAGCUUCUGCCGGUCGAGCAGAGGAGGCGGGGAGGUGGAGAACUUGGAGUACGACAAGGACACUGGAGAAGGACUCAUCACGUUUCUCCAUCCUGGAGUUGCAGAAAGACUGGCCCUCAGAGGAACCUACGACGUUCAUCUGGACUCUGCAGUGGAGGUGGAGGUUGGACCUUCCUACGACUAUGAGCUGCAGAAGUUUCAGACGUUCCGUGGCACCACGACCCGGACCAUCCUCCUGGAUGACAUCAUCGACGUGGAGGAUGAGGAGGACCUGCAGGACCACCUGGAGAUUCACUUCCAGAAACCCAGCAACAACGGCGGAGAGAUCGAGUGCAUCAAAUACAUCUCCAAAGGCAAAGCUCUGCAGGCGUUUCUCUGUGAGGAUACCGAGGAAGCCUGAGCCCAGCGGACCGGACCAGAACUUCUUCUACAUCCAGUUUAUGCGUCAGAAAUGCAGAAUCCUGUUUCCUGUUGAUUCUUUCAUCCAUUUGUUCUCUGCUCUCUCCAUCAAUAAUGGGUUUGGUUUUCUGUGGUGUUAAGAAGAACAAGGCUUUGAUUGGAGGAUUCGGGUCACAUGACCCAUCUGUCUGUGCAUGCCCCUCCGUGCACGUGUCCGUCGCCUAAAUAAACUCUGAUUUCCUGACUCAUUACUUUCACUUACAAAAUAAAGGACUUAGCUGGA